AUGCGCGUUUCCUGCGGCUGCGGCCAGAUCCGCGACUGCUGCUUCGGUCGCGCGGCUGCCGUGACCUCCUCGCUUGACAACCUGCGCGCUGCAGCUCCUUGCGCGCGACUGCUGUUCAUGGCGCCCGUGGCGAUCGGCAGCAGCUGCUGGCGCACGACUGCAGCAGCAUUCGCGCCGCUGCAUUACAUCGCAUGUGGCGGCUUCUGCUGGUGCGCGCCCUCCCCUUGCCAUUUCGGGCGACCUUGUGCUAGUGACGAGCUAGCGAGCGUGAGCGGCUGCAGCCGGCAUCGGCACCUGGCGCUCUGGCGCGCACGUCUGCAGCUCCUGGUGGCGCACGGCUGCUGCUCCUGGCGGCCCACUGCUGCUACUUCUGGCGGCCCACUACUGCUACUCCUGGCGGCGCACGGCUUUCUCCUUCCUACCGAGGUGGCGGACGGAAGCAGCUACAACUGCUCCAGCACUGGGUGGCAGCGGUAUCAGCAGCACCUGUGUCACCUUGGUGAGCAGUCCCAGUAG